CAGUCCAAAACAUGUCAACCGUUCCACAGGCUCGUGCAAACACCCCUUCCACACCGGAGGAGGAAUUAGCAAGGGAAAAGCAGGCCUUACUUGGACUAAAGUUCUUGGAAGCAACCUGGAGCAUGAUCUGCGUUGGGAUUCGUGUGUUUGCUAGCCAAGAUAAAUCGGAGCCGCUGUCCAAUGAGAUGUUCUUCGGCGGAGUGUUCCUGGGUUUUGCGAUUAUUUCGGCCUUAUCGUUUGUGAUCACGUGUCGUCUCGGUAAAGUAAACUACGUCGCGGAUGCUGUAUUGUCGCUGUUAGGAUUGCUGGCAUUCGUAGUCUGUGGCUUCAAAGCGAUGUAUUACGUAGAGAAUGAUAUUCAUCUGCGGUUCCUGACCGACAAGCAGGAAAAGAGCCAUAAGUUUUUCAUCGUCAGUCGACUGGAAAGCAUUUUUUCGAUGCAAACAGCGGGGCUCUUUCUGGUGCACGGGAUGCUCAUGUUGGAUACUAUGGGGUGGUUGGGCAAACCCAGACGAAACAUCAGCCGGAUAAGCAUUGAAGGGGAGAACCAUCACAAGGGAUUGCGGUUAAACCCGUUUUGGAGUGCACCAAUUGGAAUAUUGAAGUCGGUGUUUUACAAACCAUGUCGAAGGGUAUAGGAAGAAUCAAAUUUAUUUGUUCCUGUUAUUUGUUCUUAUUUACUAAUAAACGAGAAAUUAUGAAUGU